CGGAUGAGUUGAUGAGUAUAAAGCGUGGCGGCGCGCGCGCACCGGGCACGCAGUACGAUGUUCUCUCGCCAGUGGUUGACAGUGUUCGCGGUGGUCGCGCUCGCCGCCUGCGCAGCCGCGCGGCCUGGCACCGGUGACGCCGACCCGGCCAAACUAACAAACGAAAUCAACAGCAAAGAGGAACCUGUCAAAGCAGCAAUCCAGCAGGAAGUCAAACCCGAUGUGACUUUGAGCGCCGACAAGAAACCUGAAGAUGGAAAAGCCGUAGCUGUGGUAGAAGCGACCACAGUAGCCAAGAGCGAAGAUAUAACGGACAGUCCUGUAGCGAAGGCAGUGAACGAGAAGUACCCACAUGCUGUCCUGUUUGGAGGCACCUGUGGAGGCUCCAUCAUCAGCCCCAAAUGGGUUCUCACCGCUGGGCACUGCACCCUGUUCUCCGGCGGGCGCUACGUACUGGCCGGCACUAACAACACUGAAGACGGCAGUGGCGUGGUCCGACACGUCAAGCGGCUCGUCAUACAUCCCAAGUUCACAGUCGGGCCCUACUGGCUGGACGCUGACCGGUUCAACAUCAAACAGGUGAGCGCCAACUGGGACUUCCUACUGGCGGAGUUGGAGGAGCCUCUGCCCCUGGACGGCAAGACCAUGGCGGCGGUGGAGCUGGAUGACGGACCUAGCAUACCAGAGGGGACCGAGGUGGGGUACGCUGGCUACGGCGCCGCUGAACAUGGGGAAACCAUGCGGGAGCAGAUGCAUGGCAUGGAACUGCAAAUAAUAGCGGACAACAAAUGCAAGGAGGCGAUGAUUCAGUACGAAGCGGACAACAUGAUCUGCACGCGGGGACGCCCGCCGCGGUACGACUCUGCCUGCAACGGAGACAGCGGCAGCGGGCUGGUGGGCCAGGGGAAGCUGUACGGAGUCGCCUCCUGGGUGGAAGACGACGCCCACCGCUGCUUCAAUGGCGCCUUAGUAAUCUUCUCCCGCGUCGCCGCCGUCCGCGACUGGAUACGACAAGUCACCAAAGUUUAAAGUCUAAAGUUGUGGACACACAAGGGUACUACGCUAGUCAUUGUUCCUAGGUUUCGUACUUACUUGUAGUUUGAAAAGAGUACAUACAAAUUUUGAUUUUUGUGUAACUUAAGCGCUAUAAUUAAGAAGUAGAUAAUGGCCAUCACUUAAAAUUAAAGAUUUAUAUCUCUUUGUGAUAAAAGUAGAUUAUAAUUGUUUUUGACUAUGUUGACUAUCGCAGCAACAAACGUAAGAACUGCUUGUGGUUGUACAUUUGUUAAAUAAAUUAAGAGAUAUAAUAACAUAA